AUGGCCAUGUUCCGCUUGUCAGAUACCCCGCGAUUCACACCACGUUGUCCGAAUAGACGACAAAGAAUAGCGUGUGUAGCACAGGUACAAUUUUAUUCUUCCAGAGCUAGUACUUCUCAAACGGCAUCCUUCAUACCAAUCCAACCGAAAAUUAUAUCUCAAAGCUGGAGAAAAUACGGUUUGGAUAGAGCUCGAAUUACCGGCGAUACAUCUCAGAUAGGAAUUAAUCCGAGGAUUAUUCAUCGCAAUAUGGCUUCAUCUACGGAUACGAUUUUGAAGGGGAAAUACCCGGCAAAAGAACAUGUGAGGAAGGUCGUGGAAUAUAUUAAGAGUAAGGAGCCGGAGGCAGAGGGACUCUUGUAUUUGGAGGCGCAGAAGACGAUUAUGAUUGAGGACAAUGACGAGGCUGCUCCUUUCAGACAACGACGCUUUUUCUACUAUCUCACCGGCUGCGAUCUCCCUGACGCUUACUUUACCUAUGACAUCGCAAAAGACAAAAGCACCCUCUUCAUUCCCCCAAUCGACCCGGAAUCAGUCAUCUGGACUGGUCUUCCUCUUUCUCCUGAAGAAGCACUCGCCCGUUAUGACGUCGACGAAGUCCUCACGACCGAUACCAUAAACGCGCAAUUGGCCCUCCCAAACCAAACAAAGGUCUGGGCUAUCGCACCCCAGAUUUCUACCCACAUAACCUUCCUUGAAUUUCCCCAGAAAGAUUUCACGCUCCUCAAGGAAGCUAUUGAAGAAGCUCGUGUACGCAAAUCAGAGUAUGAAGUUGCGUUGAUGAGAAGGGCGAAUGAGAUUUCAGAAGUGGGACACACGGCAGUUUUGAAAGCAGUUAAACAUGCGAAGAAUGAAAGGGAAUUGGAGGCGCUUUUUAUCAAAGAGAGCAUUGCGAAUGGAGCGAGAGAACAAGCUUAUCACAGCAUUGUGGCUAGUGGUACAGCGGCUGCUACCUUGCAUUAUAUGAAGAAUUCAGAGGAGUUGGAGGGAAAAUUGAAUUUGCUUUUGGAUGCUGGAGGAGAGUAUCAAUGUUAUGCUUCGGAUAUUACAAGAACCUUUCCAAUAAACGGCCACUUCACACCCGAAUCUCGCUCCAUCUACGAUAUCGUGCUCUCCAUGCAAUCGCAAUGUAUUUCUAUGCUCAAAGCCGGUAUUUCCUGGGAUGAAGUACAUCUCCUUGCCCACAAAGUCGCGAUCGAGGGACUUCUCUCCUUAGGAAUCUUGAAAGGUGGUAAAGAAGAGAUUUUAAAAGCAAGAACAAGCGUAGCGUUUUUCCCGCAUGGAUUAGGACAUUAUCUCGGAAUGGAUACGCAUGACACUGGUGGACAUCCAAACUAUGAGGAUAAGGAUAGAUUGUUUAGAUAUUUGAGAGUUAGGGGAAAUUUGCCAGAGGGGAGUGUAGUUACUGUUGAACCGGGUAUCUAUUUCUGUCGCUUCAUCAUUGAACCAUAUCUUAAAGAUCCAGCACAUGCUCAAUAUAUCAACUCGGAUGUUUUGGAGAAGUACUGGGAAGUUGGAGGUGUAAGAAUUGAAGAUAAUAUUCUGAUCACGAAAGAUGGUUAUGAUAAUUUAACGACGGUGGUUAAGGAUGUGGAGGAGAUGGAAAAGAUUAUUAAUGGGUCUUAG